AUGAACCACCAUGUGCCUCCCCGCCUGCAACGGGAACACGUCCACUGCCCGGUCACCGCACUGGGAUUUUUCAGGCCCGCGGACAAUGGAACGGUCUACAUCCUCUCCGGCGAGGACACCCACCUGAAAAUAUACGAUGCAGGGACGCAGCGGCUGCGCGCCACGGUGCACGUCUUCAAGGCGCAGCCCAUCCAGGGCAUUUCCACUGGAGAGGCCUCAAACGUGCUCAUCUGGGGCGGGCCACUCGUGACGGUCCUGCCGAAGACGAAACUCGCCGAUCUAAUUCAGCUCGAGGAGGGUGGGGGCGACGCGGAGUACGUCGUGCCCGAGUGCCAGGUCCUGCAGGCACCGGACUGGGUCUACCAUGGCGCCGUAUCCCCCGACCAACCUGGCCUGGCCGCGGUCGUGACUGCGCACAACGAGGUCUUACCACUGCGCAUCGGAGGCAUUGUGGAGGGUGGGGGGAGAAGGUUGCGCUUUGGGAGGUUGAGGACGCCGCCGUCCCGCCCGAUUUUGUACUCGGCGCAGGUCAGGUGGACCUCCGGAAACGGGGUCCUGGUCGCGGCAGGGACUGCUUUCGGGGAGAUUGUCGUUUGGAAGUGCCGUGUCACAGACGACGACACUGGUUGUGAGGACGCGAUCGAAGUCUUGCACGUCUUCACAGGUCAUGAGGGCUCUAUAUUCGGUGUUGACAUCUCCCCCGAGCUAGUAGUCGAUUCACGCACCAAGGAGGUGUCGAGGCUACUGGCGAGCUGCAGCGAUGACCGGACGAUUCGGGUAUGGAAUAUCACCGAUACAGGCUAUGGCGGAGGGAAGGCCUUGCCCGCUCACACAUUCACCGAGGCGAGGGAGACCGGCUUUGGGGAGAACACGACGACGGGGGCUCUUGAGGCAAUGGCAAGUCAACAAUCUUCCAAGUCUCUGGCGGUGGCUAUGGGACACGUUUCGAGGAUAUGGAAUGUGCGCUUCUCCCCUCAGAGUUUUGACCACUUUUCUUCGAGUGAGAAAGCAAGGAGCGUGAAGCUGUAUUCCUUCGGGGAGGACGCCACUGCGCAAAGGUGGAGGCUUGAUCUCAGUGAGACGAGCGAACACACGCAGUCUAAUGAGCAUGGCCAAGUUCCGGUGGCCAGUCUCACUCACGAGGCGAUAUUUCACAACCACGAUGGGAAACACAUCUGGUCGAGCGCUGUGCUUUCUCCGACGCCAUCACAGCCAAGCAAAACUCUACUUGCUACUGGGGGUAGCGAUGGCAAGAUUCAACUCAUCGAGGAGAGUUCAUUAUGGCACAUGGGGGACACAGUUUCCUCCGUCCUGGACGUUGACACCCCAGCAUUCUUAGGCGCGCCCCCGGCCGACGAAAUUAACUCAGCCGUUCCUCGACCGGCAGACACCGGUCUUGCGGACAGCGAGCCGCUGCACAUGUACGGGCUCCCGUCUGCAAAAUCUAUCAUUGCAACGACGGCAUCGGGGCGCAUCUUGACUGGAUCCCUCGAUGCAUCUGGAGUGUCAUGGAAGGAAGUGUCAGUGCCGAAGCCAAUACGGGAUGACCUGCAAAAGUACCAGAUCGUCCGCAGCGCAGGUCCGGACGUCACUCUCAUCGGGUCUCCCAGCGGACAACUCUACAUAUAUGGCCAAGGGGUCAUCCGACCGGUGGUGAAACUGCCGAGAAAGAUCGCAGAUGUCUUCCUUCUUCCACUAGAAGCCUUCCGGGGACUCGAGUUACGCGAGGCAGAGUCUGGUCAGCUUCCCAUCAUUGUGACAACCAUGGGGAGCCCAGAUGUCAGGCUCAUGUUACUAGACCCUACCGCAGAAGGCAUUGUCAUCCACGAAACUCUUAUAAAGCUAGAAAGGGGCUUCAUACCAACUGCAGCAGGGAUCUGCCAGAGUUUUAUUGUAUUUGGCUCUCGUAUCGGUGCACUUUCAGUGCACAAACUCGAUCAACCCACAGGAGGCUUCAGACAAGUAGCUCACGCCACCCGGCCCGGCUCGAAAGACUCAGUGUCUAGCAUCGUGUCUCUACCUGCGAAAACAGGCUCAUCCUGUCCCUACUUCCUGACGACCUCCCGAGACGGUCGCUAUAGAACAUAUGAAAUCACCACACAGCCAUGCGGGUCUGACAACGCCCUCACCGUCCACCUUCGCCAUGAGGCCGUUCCGCCAUUAGGGCCUAUGAUCGAAAGCGGCUUCUUCACCACCAUGGCUACCGACCCCGACUCAAAGCCACAACUGAUCCUCUGCGGCUUUCGCAGCAAGGACUUCGUGGUCUGGAACGAGACCCGGCAGCAGGAGCUCGCAAGCGUCGAGUGCGGCGGCGCGCACCGCGCCUUCACAUAUCAUGUGGACCUGACUACCCCAGAGAAGGUCUCCUUCGUCUGGACAAAGGCGUCACGCACGUGUGUCUACACGCAGGACAGCGUCUCGCAGCGCUCGGUUAAGCCGGGCGGCCACGGGAGGGAGAUCAAGACGGUGGCGGCGGCGCAGGGCGGCUAUCUCGCGACGGCCGCGGAGGACACGAACAUCCGGAUAUGGCGGUAUGGGGGCGACACAGGAGGCGGAGAGCCAGGACCAGGGCUGAGCUGCCUCGCCGUCGUAGAGAGGCACACAGCUGGCAUCCAGUGCCUACGGUGGGCCGGCGGGAGCUACCUGGUCAGCAGUAGCGGAGGCGAGGAGCUGUUCGUGUGGCGGGUCGCAUGGCUCGAGCGCUCUGCUUAUGAGGGCAUCGCGGUGGUCUGCGAGGGUGUUUAUCCCGACAAGACGCGCGAUGGUGACCUCCGGAUCAUGAGCUUCGAUGUCCAGGUCCUGGAUCCCAUUCAGAGGGAGCAGGAUGGGGCAGAGGUCCUUUGCCUGUCAUUGGUCUUGUCCAACUCGACUCUCAAGACGUAUCGGUAUUCCAGGGACGAGGGCUUCACGCUUCUGGCCCAGGGCCAGUAUACGGGCGCUUGUAUGAUGCAGAUUCGGCAUCUCAGGAUACAACAAGAGCUCGACGGGCCGUGGGAUUUGCACGUCCUGACUGCGUCUACAGAUGGGCACCUUGCUCUCUGGAAGACAAGGACACCGACAACGCUCUCGGCGCCAGCCGAGUACGAGCUGCUCGAUGCGCAACGGCUGCAUCAGAGCAGCGUCAAGGCCAUCGAUCUAAGGGAACUUCCCGAAGUCAACCCCACGCCUUCCUACGCCAUCUUCACCGGCGGCGAUGACAACGCCAUCGGGCACGUCCGCCUAGACUGGGCAGGCGAGAGCUUCAGGAUCGCGUCCAGGUCUCUGGUGAACGGUGCCCAUGCCGCCGCCAUCACGGGCCUCUGCAUCGUAGGGCUCGAGGCCGACGGAGCCGCAGGCUCGUACCGGGCGAGACUGUGCACGGCCAGUAAUGACCAGAGGGUCAAGUCCUGGGUCGCAGCGGCCGGCGGCGAGGGCGUUUUGGGGAAGGUGUCGCUGGUUGGCGACCGGUACAGCGCUGUAGCCGACUGUGGAGAUCUCGAGCAGCUAGGUGAAGGGCGGGUUGUUGUUGCUGGAGUCGGUAUGGAGUUCUGGACUGUAUAG